GAGCGAGAGAGCACAGCACCGCCAAGGAGGGCAUGGUGGGUGCGAGCCAGUCACCGGAUUGCGUUCGCAGCAGAGAAUCCCAAUCCCAAUGCCAAUGCGACAGCACCACUCCACAACCGCCGGCAGCACGAUGGCGAUCCUUCGGCGAGUGAAAACCUGGCUUUGCGGUUGCGGCUGGUGCUGCUUCCUGCUGUUGGCCAUCGACCUCCCGUUGCGCGCGGCGACGCACACAGCGGAUCCGGCGACCGGUUCCAAUUCCCCCCCCGGUCCGGCCAGAAACGCAACGAAGGCGAGCGGAACACACGAGCUCCCGUUUCUGCUGGGCGUCACGGUGGACGCCGCCCGGCACGAGUUCCCGGUCGACUGGCUCCUCUCCUUCCUGGAGAGCGUCCACCGCAUGGGCUUCAACGCCCUCCACCUGUCCCUGAGCGGCGACCAGCGGUUUGCCUUCCGCCUCGAGGGGGCCACCGGCGGUGCCGGGCCGCGGCUCUCGCCGGGGGACCUGGGCCUCCUGGCGGAGCGCGCGAGGUCCCUGGGGGGCAUGGCGAUCGUCCCCGGGGUCUCCCUCCCCUUUUUCGCUGCCUCGUGGGCGGGCGUCCUGCCCGGGACCUCCCUUCUCCCCGACUGCCCCGAGUACCUGUGCUCCCGGGAACGGGCCCGCCCGAUGAUAGGGACCGACCUCCCCCUCGACCUUUCCCACCCCGGGCUCCCGGCCGCGAUCCGCCGCGUCCUCGGAACCGUUCUCUCGGCCCUCGGCGACCCGGCCUACCUGCACCUGGGCCCCCGCGGAAGCGAGGACCGAAUCAAAGACCACGGAUGCUGGAGGGAAGCGGAAGCGCACCGGGCCGGGGGGAACGGCGAUCCGGGGGCAGCGAUCCUCCGCGACUACCAGCGGUUCGAAACGGCGCUGGAGGAAAUCCUUGCCGGCGGCCCGGGGCAUCGGCCGGUGGUGAUCCGCGGCGGCGGCGCAGAGGACGCCGAUCAACCCCCGCCGGCGGCGGGAGGGGAGCCUUUCCCGACGCUGGAGGAAUACCGGGACCACCGACUGCCGCUGGCCCAGGGCCAGAAUGCGUCGUCGGCUCCGCUUCGCCCGUACCUGCUGCAACCGAGGGAACUCAGCAUGGCCACGUCGCUGGCCAAGGACCACCCCAGCGGAUGGGAGGUCUAUCGGAAAACCCUGGACGUUCUGGACGCCCACCGAUCGAACCUGCGGCCGGACGAAGCCGGAGCGGGAUGGUCCCCAUCCCCGUUUCGGGGAUUGACGAUCUCGACCGAAGCCAUGCCCCCCGCUUGGUUCGCGCCCCGGAACGUUCUGGGACGGUUGCUGGCGGUGUCUAUGGCGGUGGGCGACUUUGCAGAGCCGGGAAAGAGCACGCUGGAGAACCGAGCCGGCUUCGAACGGGCCUAUCGAGCACGAUGCCGUGCAUUGUUUCCGGGGGACGAUGGCGACGACAUUUCGGCACCGGUGCCUUUCUGCGACCGUCUCGGAGGAUUGGCAGGCGACGAACACACCGAUUCGGCACCGCCGCAUCCUGCCGGUCGUGCCGAGGGUUUCGAAGCAGAUCGCAUAAAACACCUAGGGGGGAAGAAUCAUCCGGUUGGGGACAGCGAUGCAAAGAAGCCGCCCCAAAACCAGGAAAGGAUCGGCACGGAGAGGGAGUACAAGAGCUAUUACAUGGAACUCUGGAAAGACUGGGCCAACGAAAUCUGUCAUCGCCUCACGGAAACCAAGGAAGCACUGGAACUGGUGCCUCCAGCUAUUUCCUUUGUACACUCGAUCCAAGACCAGGCCUUUGCUGCCUACUGGCGUGACGACGGACCCCAGGAAGAAGGCACGUCCGAGAUCCAACCAGGUGAUGCGCUGGCCGGAUCGGUCAUCGAACCUCCGCACGUGGAUCGCAACGAAAGGAGACCCCGGGAUCUCGCUCCACCGCGAUCGCCAAACUUGAUGCACGAGGUUUUUGGAAAUAUGCAGGUCCCGUUUCGUGGCCUCAUUGUCGAUCUAGUGGACCACGUUGUGCCGCCGAGGGUUCUGCAGGAUUGGAUGGAACAAAUCAUGGUGCCACUGGGACUCAAUACGCUGCAACUGUCACUGAUGAAUCGCUUGGGGUGUGCGCUUCGCCUCGGGUCGCUGGAGGAAUUGUACCACCUCGUUCCCAAGCCAACCACCGAGCCUCUGACCGACGGUGUUUUGGAACAGAUCGUUGCGGCCGCGGACCGUCUCGGAAUCGAACUCAUCCCGGAGAUUUCCGUCACCACGCAGGCCUUAGGCUGGUACCAUGCCGGGGUCCUAGUGGACUGCCCCAACACGUUGUGCACCUCGCCCGGGGGUGACAUCGCCACCGACGUCAACCGGGGGCACCUCCUCCCCCUGGUCCUGCACGUGAUCCGAAGACUCCGGGGAAUCUUCCGCUCCGGGUCCUUCCUGCACCUGGGCAGCGACGAGCGCCGGUCGAGCCAGGCCUGCUGGAUCGAAAGCGGGAGGGUACCAAACUACGACGCCUUUGAACAAAGGCUCUCCGAUCUGUUAGAGAAGCGCGACUGGUACAAUGCCUCCAGCAUCCUGCGAUGGGAAAACAAAGAGGGUGUUGUCUAUCCCAAGCGGACCGGAUCUAUCACCCACUACCAAUACCAGCGCAAGGACGAUCCCGCUACCAACAAAGACGACUAUUCGGCAGCCUUCGAUUUUGGGAGUAUUAUCAUCACCCCAGAGAAAGAUCCGUGGUUGGUAUACGAAGAAACCAGGCAUUGGGUCAAACGUCGACCACGGGGCUUGCUUGCCAAGAUAUCGCUGAAAGAUUAUGAAGACCUUGAACGUUUGAACCAGAAUCACGCCUCAGGGUUGUUGGCCUUUGCUCUAGGAUGUUCCUCGUCGGCUCCCGUCGUGGCAGACGCUCCCGCACUGGAGAAAUACAUUGGCGAUCUCUGCAAAUCGAAAGACUCUCAUCGAUUAUGUCGUUUCGCUUCCGGAAAGGAGGCAGCGGACGCCCAGGUACUACAAAGUACUAGAAGCACCACCCCCCGUGGGUCGUUGUUGUGUACGGCAAUGACGAGGUCGGUAUCUCGCCAUGCGAUGCGGUUGUCUAAGUCUACGACAGGUCUUGCAGAAAACAGCAGCGUCACCGAGGAGAAGUGAAGACAAUAACAUGGACGUGGUAAUAUUAUUUCAUCGGUGCGGUCCAUUGCAGGCAUAUACUGCUUUGAUAGAACACAAAAUACAAUGAAUUACAGUAAAGUAUUUUUUAUUCAUAAGAACGGAGUAUGUUAAUUAUUUUAAUAUGCCCAAACUUUACGAAAUCACCGCUACGUACCACAUAGUCCUAGAAUAACUUAAAGCAGAGCUA